GACGUCACCACGAUGGGUCCAGGAAUAUUCAGGACCGCCACAAAUUAUUGUAGAUUAUAUUGGAUGUUCUGUGGAUUGUAGUACGUACUUAGCAGGUCAUUUUAAAACCAUAGAAAUGCCAACGAAAUGUUGUGUACCGAAUUGCCGGGGCAAUUGCAAAAAUGGGCCAAGGGUGUCAACAUUUAUCUUUCCCAAGUCCCCAGAAUUAAGAAGUAAAUGGUUGGCGGCAAUAAAAAGGAAUUUUGAGCCUUCACAAAAUUCCAGAAAAUUUGGACACAUCCUCAUUGUUGACCGUUACCAGAUCCAACGACCAAUGGGCAUGCAUCACCCAAGGAGCCUCAGUUUUGAGGAAAACCCUCAAGGAACACCUAUUCUUAGAAAAACGAAGACGCUAAAUUCGGGACUGCUCUUCUCCGUAACCAGUGAAGGAUCUGGAAGGCUAUUUAGAUGCAGCGACAGCAAGACUCUCUGGCCACAUUUUCCAGUAAAAGGACCUAUCCGUCGAUGCAAGGAUAUUUUAUCAAUGGCAAGAACAGCACACAGCAUAUAUAACCAAUAUUUGGAGUGUGAAAAACUGCGGAAGAAUGCUGCUAUUCUCGAACAAAAUCGCGAUGAAGAAGAAAAAAGAAAUAGACAAUCUGAAGUAAAUAAGUUUACUGCUCAGAGACAAGACUUAAAAGAACUAUGGUCUAAAUACGAUGAAGUAAGAAAAAUUAAAAAAGGGGAACACACUGUCACAGAAAGUAUAUUGUCAAGUGUCAAUAGCCUAUCAGAUCUGAAUAAAAAGAAGAAGUAG